AGGAAGGCCGCCUAUGUGGUUUAAUCAGGUUUUUAUAAACGUAUUCCUACAAAGGAAGCUACGCAAGGAUUUGUAGUAACUGUCUAACGCUGGCCUAUGAGCACCAGUUUUCUCACAUGAAGCUUGAAAGGCAUUCCCUUUCAUGGCCGGAACUAAACGUGCAGUACUCCGUUUCCCGUCGGAACGUUUACGCUGCGCGGAGUUCCUUGGAACGCAUUUCCCCCCUCAGCAACACGGAAGUGCCUUUGCUCUCUCUCUCUCCGACAGCUGCAGAAUGGCGGGGACGGGGGCUCAGCUUGCGCUGGUGAAGACCGUAAAUGAGCUGCUCAGGAAGAGACGAUACCGGGCUGUGCUGGCUGUGAUCAAGGGCCUCCGCAACGGGGCAGUAUAUGGCGCAAAAAUCCGGGCCCCGCAUGCAUUAGUGAUGACUUUCCUGUUUAAAAGUGGAAGUUUGAAAGAGAAGCUGAAAGCCAUCCUGCAGGCAACGUACACCCAUUCCCGAAAUCUGGCAUGCUUUGUUUUCACAUAUAAAAGCCUCAUGGCUGCGCAGGAGAAACUACAUGGCAGCAAAUGGCAGUUCCACUCCUUCCUGGCUGCCUGCGUGGGGGGCUGGUUGGUGUUUGGAGAAAACAAUCACAUCAAUAGCCAGAUCAAUAUGUACCUCCUGUCUCGUGUCCUGUUUGGCUUGUCACGUCUGGCAGUAGAGAAGGGUUACAUCCCUGAACCCAAACAUGAUGUUUUCCCCAUAUUCUCAGCCUUAGUUUGGGGCUUUGUUCUCUGGCUCUUUGAAUACCAAAGACACACACUACAGCCAUCUUUACAGUCCUCCAUGACAUAUCUAUAUGAUGACAGCAAUAUCUGGCAUGACAUCUCCGAUUUUCUAAUCUACAACAAGCCCAAACCAGCUAAGUAAUCUCCAAGCGGCACAUUUAGGAUCUCCCGAGAUCUGGCGCGAGAUCCUAAAGGCAUUAAUGGUGCAAGGCAACCUCCAUAUUGGAUGAGGCAAAUUGCUAAAUAUCACCUUUUUGGUCAUUGCCUUACAUGGAAGCACAAUAACCCUUCAACUGAUUUCAUUGUAGACAGACAUUCUUAUAGCCCAAAGCUCUGUGACAACUGAUCUGUGGAGGUCACCCUUACUGAUAUUUAACUAACCCUGCUACUCUAGCAUAUUCAUUCCCGGCUAGUGAUUGUCAAAGAAUAUGUUGCCGUCCAGCCCUAACAUGAUGACUCCUGCAGCCCCACAGCAGAUGCUGGUCUUUAAAGACCUAAUAGUUGGUGGCAAAAGCAGGAUGAACACAUAUAUCAGAAUCUUCUGCAGGCUAGUAUAGCAUAUGGAGCUGGUCAGUAUCCAAUAAUAGCACAGACCUUGCAUUGCUCCCCAUUUAUAUUUGGAUAUGAAAGAGGUUAAGGUUAGCAACCUGUAACAGUUUUUUUUAAACAGUAUUUGAAGGGCUAUUCUCCUUUGAGUAUUUAUCUUCACUAUGAUUUGCCGAAGUGAAAUAAGGGGUCAUUUAUCUGCCUGUGCAGACGUGAGGUGGAGUGCACUCUGCCCGCAGGUAGUAAAUCACCCUAUAUGCCAGUGAUCCCCAACUAGUGGCUCAUGAGCAGCAUGUUGCUCCCCAACUCCUUGGGUGUUGCUCCCAGUGGCCUCAAAGCAGGUGCUUUUUUUUUUUUUUUUUUUUUUUUUUUUAAUUCCAGGCUCGGAGACAAGUUUUGGUUGCAUAAAAACCAUAUGUACUGCCUGUAGUCUGCCAGUCCACAUAGGGGCUACCAAAUAGCCACAGGACUUAUUUUGCACUGCCCAGGAACAUUUCAAUUGCCUUCACAUUUUACUUGUGUUGCUCCUCAACUCUGUUUACAUCUGAAUGUUGCUUACAGGUAAAAAAAAACGGUUGGAGACCCCUGCUAUACUGUACUAAGCACUGAAUGUGAAAUGAUUUUCCAAUUGCUUUGUUAGCCCAUGUGUUUGACUUGCAGUUUGAAGGUGGCCUUACAUGCCAAGAUUUGAUAACAUAGUGUAGUCAAUUUCAACCAUACUGUGUGACUGUCUGGUCAUAUAUAGCCCCUUCAGAACAAGGACUGGUUAGUUUCGACAGACCAUCCUGAGUACUCUUCAGGUACAAUUGUUUUGUCCAAAGAAGCUGGAGCUUAUCCUCCUUCCACUCAGAUUUCACUUGUUUGGCUGCUGCUAUUGGCCCUCCCUCCAAGCUAUAGCUAUUGGGUACAAGUUGCAGCAAACAUUUUCAGAGUGGGGAUUGUGUUGCUGCUUGUGAUUCUUUUUGCUCUAGUCCACUGUGCCUAUUGAUGCAACCCUAGUAUUUUGGCCACAUUCAGGGUGGCAGUAGCAUCUACAU